AUGAGUAAUAAUAAAAGUAAAACUCUUGAUUUCUACUUUUCGUCAACUCAGAAAAAGCACAAUUCUUCUCAUGAACAACCUAAUGAUGCUGACAAUCAAAAUGUUGUUUUACAAUCAUCUGAUUCACAACCAUCUCGUGUUAUUGAUAAUGAACCAGUUAAAAUUUCUUUAAUAAACACUCCUGAAAAUAUUAGUAAUGAAAAUCAACAAAACGUUCAAUAUGAAGAAGAAGUCAACAACGAAACAACUGGUGAUAUUAUUGAUAUUAGCCGGUCAUGUGAAGAUCCACCUGCUCAACCGAAACUCAUCUCAUAUCCAAAAAAUCAUGAAAACAGAUCUUUCAUGUCAAAAUGGUAUGAAGGAAGGCCAUGGUUAGAAUAUUCAAUUGAAAAAAAUGGUACUUACUGUUAUUACUGUCGACAUUUUGGUGCACCAACAUCAUCAUCCAAUACAAAACCACAAACUGAUGCAUUCAUCAAUAAUGGGUUUAAGAAUUGGAAAAAAGCACUUGACAAAUCUAAAGGUUUUGAUCAACAUCUGAAAAGUCAUGGCCACAUAUUAGCAGCAAGCAACUAUACACUUUAUCAACAACGAAAACAAUCACAAUCCAAUGUUAUUAAUAUGAUAGACAAAGGUCGAAUUGAACAAAUACGGCGAAAUCGUCUUCGUUUAAUAAAAAUUGCAUCAGCAUUGUUAUUAUGUUCCAGGCAAGCAAUUGGAAUACGUGGACAUGAUGAAAGUGAAAGUUCUUUAAAUAAAGGAAAUUUUAUUGAAAUCCUUAAAUGGGCUUCUUCAACUGAUCCAAUUGUCAAAUCAAUCUUUGAAGAUAUUACAGGAAAUUCGACAUAUCUUUCACCAAUAAUUCAAAACGAAUUAAUUAAAAUUAUGGCUGACCAAGUUAGACGUCAAAUAACAGAAAAGAUUAAAGGGAAAAUGUUUGCGCUGUUAGCUGAUGAAAGUCGUGAUAGUGGUGGUAAUGAACAGCUUUCUAUUGUGGUGCGAGUCGUAGUACCUACAAAUGAUAGUAAAGAUAUUAUUCAAGAAUAUUUUAUCGGAUUAAUUCGAUUACAUGAAUUUGAUGCUCAAACUUUGUCGAAAAUGAUUGCUGCUUAUUUAAAAAAAUACGGUAUUGAGUUACAGUCAUGUAUUGCACAAUGUUAUGAUGGAGCAUCAGUGAUGUCCGGCAAAUGUGCCGGCGUGCAAACAAUUCUUCGUCAAAGUCAUAUGCCUCAAGGCAUUUAUAUACAUUGUCAUGCACACCGAUUGAACCUUGUGAUCAUCGAUAUUCAUUCUUAUUUUAUUUCUUCAUCAGUAACAAAUGAAUAUUAUCAACUAGCACAAGAAAAAUUAGCAUUAGCUACUUCUUCAAAGUUAAAAACGUGGUCAGAUAUUCGAUGGGACUCACGGUGGAGUUCAGUUAAUGCUAUUAUGCUUAAUUAUGAAUCAAUUGUUGUUGCAUUAAAUGAUCUUAUUGAAGAAGGUGAUCAUCGUUGUAUUGAUGCAAGAGGUAUAUUAUCAGCUAUACAGGAACCGCUUUUUAUUGUCACAAUGGUGAUAUUAAACAAAUUGCUUGGUUCAAUCAAAGUUUUAUCAGAUCAAUUGAAAAGCGAAUCACUUGAUUAUGCUGAAAGUCAAUUUUUAAUUUUAUCAGUAAUUGACCAGCUUCAAAAUGAACGAAAUGAAACAUCAUUUAAAAGUAUUUAUUCGGCUGUUUUGGAUUUUGCCAACAGACAUGGUAUCGAUAUGAACCGCAAAUCAAAACAACGACGAUCAAAUAAAAUACCAACUCGUUUUAAAGAUGCAUUUAUAACAAGUACAAUGGGACAUCGAAAAGAAUUUUUAACUGAAGCUGAUUAUCGUGAAAAUAUAUAUUUUCCAUUAAUUGAUGCAAUCCUAGUGGAAAUGCGUGAUCGUUUUUCACCGUCAAAUCUUGCUGUAUUAUCAAGCGUAUCAUCAAUGUCUCCACAAAGCAAGUCUUUCUUAAAUUAUGACCAAUUAUUACCCUUAGCUUCACAUAUUAAUUGUGAUCAAAAUCAUUUGUUUAACGAAUUGCAAGUCUUACAACCAAUGCUUCAAAACAAAAAAUUAUCAAACCUCAAUGAAUUAUAUCAUGAAAUGAUUCCAUUACAAGAAGCAUUUUCAAAUAUGAUGUUAAUGAUCAAAGCUGCACUGACUUUUCCUGUAUCAUCAUGCACGUGCGAGCGUGUAUUUUCAAAGAUGAAGUUAAUCAAAACACGCAUAAGGACAACUAUGGCAGAUGAACGCUUAAGCGAUCUUUGUAUCUUAUCAAUUGAACGUGAUUUUAAUAUAGAUUUUGAACAAGUCAUUGAUCAAUUUGCGGUUAAUCGUAAUAAUAGUAGAAUUUUGUUGCGAUAG